AAAAAAAAAAGCAGCCGUAGAUUCUCCCCCGUCCAAUAAUACAGCCUCGCGCCCACAGAGCUUCCACAGAAUUCUCGAUCAGUCUCCUCCUCAAAGCCUCAAACCCCAUUUUCUUCUUCACCUCCAUCCCUUCUGCAACUCCCAUUCAUCUUCUCCGUUCUUACUCUCAUGUCUCGCAGAGCCCUAGAUUCCCGCGAAUCGAUUCACUCCUGUACUCUCAAGCUCCAUGGUUGGAGGCCCUUCCAGCUGCCCAAAGCCCUAGAUUCCGAUGCCCAUACUUCCGCUCCCACAAGCGCUAAACCCUACUACUCAUCCAGUGGCCUGCACACCAAGCGCCCUUGUCUCUCCGAUCGAACUACCUCUUUCAAUGUCGACGCCAUUGACAUGUCCGGCCUGAGUUUGAUUGACGACGACAAGCCUUCUAUUACGGCAGGAGGCAGUUACUCGCGUCCGAGCUUCCAAUUGAUCGCUAGGAAGCGGCGGCGGCGGCGUGGAUCGAGGUCGGUUUCCGGGCGGAGUACUGAUCGAAGCGGAACGAGACGAUGCUGCUCUGUUGGGGCUUCGGCUGCUCAUGGAACCUGCUCGGACUUCCCUAUGGCGGUUGGCACGGAUUCGAGUGGUGAGUUGUUUGUGAAUGGGGAUGCGAAUUGGUCGUCGGAUGUGAGUGAAGCGAAGAAUUCGAGGAGGAGGGAGAGAGAGGAGAAGGAUCAAUUGGGUUCUGGGUUUGGUUCUUCUAAUGGGGGUUUUGAUGCUCAGGGGAACGAGUCUGGCUAUGGUAGCGAGCCUGGUUAUCGUGGAGAUGGUGAAUUCGGGUAUGGUGAUGAGAUCGACGAGGAGGAUGAGGAUGCCAGAUUGCUGCUAUGGGGUGAACGACUAGGAGAUUCUAGAGUAGAAAUUGUAGGAGAGAACACAUUUGCAGAUCAGAAAUCACACCAUAGAUGCCGUCGUAAGAAGCACGAAUGUGGAAUGGUCGAUUCCCUAAGGUGAAGCAAACAUCAAAAAGAGGCAAUGAUGAACACUGUGAAUACUCCUGAUGCUGUUGAUGGUUCCUACCUGCUGGUAUGCCUCUGAGACCUGAAAUUUUGAACUGCAAAGUAAAGGUUCCCCAGUUUUGAAAGUGCUUAAAUUGCAGUUUACAGCAUCUGGAUUCUUGAUGUUUUUGUAGAUAGAUCUAUGGCUGCCAUGAACUCUAUAACACUAGAAGUCAACUCUUUUGUAUGUCUUGACAAAGCUGUGAAACAAAAAACAAGGCUCGAAUUCUUCUUAAGUCAGCUUAGUACACACAACUCUUUUGUAUGAUCCAAUUCGACCAUAAUUCUACUAGUUAUGGAGAGUUAUGGCAUGUGCCUCCGACCAAAGGUUGAUGAGAAUGUGACUUCUUUAGGUCUAAUGUGUUGGUUAGGCUCGAUUCAAAUAUUGAAAUGCUCAUCAUUUAACUAGGUGGCUUCUAGACCCGUGGUAGAGUUGUGACUCACUUAAGCUACAUGUUUCACUUGAUCAGCCAUUUGGGUCCGAGUGAUUUCUAGUUUCAUCAAGUAUAAUUGCUCGAAUUGAUUUAGUUCGUGUUGUGUAUUUAAAUCCAUUUCGAUAUUGUGACU